AUGCAGGAGGGUCUCUGCGUUCUCGUCCCCUGCACCUUCACGUACCCAGCCUCGUACGACACCGACAAUCCCUCGGCCCAGCUCUACAGAUACUGGUACAAGGAGCCUGCUACUGUGGGCCAGGAUCCUCCCGUGGCCAGCAGUGUCACCAGCCUGGGAGUGUCGCAGGAGACCCAGGGCCGGUUCCGGCUGGCGGGGGAUCCAGCCCACGGUGACUGCUCCCUGCAAAUCAGUGAUGCCCGAAAGACGGAUGCAGGGAGAUAUUUCUUUAGCAUCGAGAAAGGCCUGUUAGAUCACACUUACCGCUCCAAUUCCGAUGGCACUGACCCUGCGCUCACGAUCUCUGUGCAAGGGCUGACAGAGGAGCCAGAGAUCCAGAUCUCGCCGGCGCGGGGGCUGCCAGGGACGCUGCUGGUCGGGAAGCCAGUGACUGUGACCUGCACGGCCCCUGGGAGCUGCUUCGGGCCCCCUCCCCAAGUCACAUGGACGGGGCCGUUCAGCGACACAGCCCAGAACGUCUCAGCCCAGCUGGCGAACGGCACCUGGGCCCACAGCUCCGCGCUGAGCUUCACGCCCGGCCCGGGAGACCAAGGCAAAGGUCUCGUCUGCAGCGUAACCUACAGGCCACCACGGGGACCUUCCACCCGCAGAACCGUCCAGCUCCACGUCGGCUACCCGCCUGGGCCCCUGACCAUCACCGGGAACCUGACCAGGAAUGGACGCCCCGUGCCAGAUGCGUGGAGAACUGAGGGCAACGUUUUGUCUCUGGAGACCCAGGAGGGCGACUCCCUGAGCCUGAGCUGUGAGGCUGGGAGCAGAGCUGAGGCCGUCCUGAGCUGGGCCAAGGGGCAUGAGUCCCUCAUCCCUGGUCCUGGAGGGGACGAGCGCUUGGAGCUCUUCAAUCUCAGCAGAGAGGACACUGGGGAGUAUCGAUGCUGGGCCAAGAAUUCCUACGGGUGGGUCAGCCGGGCCCUGCUUGUGCACAUGCCGUCUCCCACAGAUGGCCUCACUCGGGCGUUUAUCGAAAUGAGCUGCAAACUCGUCUUCGUGGCGACUGGAUUCUUCCUGGCCUAUUACCUCACCCUGCUCUAUUACAGAUGGAGACCCUGCUGCUGUCAUGGAAGCAGAAGAAAGGACCAACGGGGAGCCAGGGAAUCCACGGUGCCUGAAUCCGAUGUGUAGAUCAGGCCGUUCCUCAGCCACCGAUGAGCUGAUGAGAAAUUGGAAUCUCACGGGACUGAGGAAACAUAGAAUGAGACCUCAGCUGGGGGGACUGCCCCCCAAGGUGAGGCCAACAGGCCCAUCUAGCCAGAUACC